UGCUAUGCCGCAAUCCCUUAGAGUAGUUUUUCGGCACUAUCUGUUUGAUGGGAAUUUGGCAAUCCCUCUACGAUAGUCCGAACUCUUCGAAAAAAGUCAUAGUUUUUAAGAUAAAUUAUUUAUUUUCCCAUCCGGAUAUUUUUUUAUAAACAUUUACAAUAAUAGUUUGUUUUUUUCAUAAAAAUGAGUACACGUCGAGAAAGAAGGGCUCGCCGAUCGGGCAAGGAUGAAACGCCCGUGCAAAUUGAAUUAACCCCAGAGCCCCUGGCUCCAGCUCAGGAUUUCCUAGCAGUUCCAAAAAGGGGUGACUCUCCACGUGAUUUCAGAAGUUUGCAUCGAGAAAAGUCUCCCUUUGAAAUAGGUGAAAAGCCAGAUGUCCAAGUUGCAUCACAAAAAGCAAUCAUCGAUAAAGCAUUGGUUAUGGACAUUUCGGGAGGUGUAACGAAUGUGGAUGAAUACAUUUCUCUGUUUUUCACGGAUUCCUGCAGUCUUGAUCCAGCCAGUUGUGGUGAUAUUUCUACAGUGAAAAUUGAAAUUAUCGAAGAGCAACCUAUUGAACCAGAAGCACCAAUGCCCGCAGCUGAACAUGAGAAGACAGUAAGUGAAGCAGAAGCAGAGUUGGCAGCAAAGAAAGAAGAACAAGGUAAGUCACAAGAACCCGCUCCAGCACCCGUCGAAGUAGUUCCCGAGCCUACUCCAGAGCCCGUGCAAGAAGAAGUAGAAGAGGAAGAGGAGGAGGAAGAAGAGGAAGAAGUUCCUCCACCUCGUGAGCCGACCCCACCGCCACCACCACCCCCUCGUGAGCCGACACCACCGCCACCUCCUCCACCAAAGACACCUACACCCGAACCUGAAUAUGAUUCAGACGUUGAACUGAUUCCACCGAAGGAAGAGUUCGAUCCUUCAGUGUGGAAAAGUGUUGACGACUUAGAAACGCAAUUGAAAAAUAGUGAGGAAGAGACGAAAAAAGCCAAGGCUAAGGAGGCUAAGGAGGCAUCUAAGGAAUCAUCAAGGCGAGAAUCGACUCACGAGAUGACGGAGAGAGAACGUGAUUUGGAAUGGCAACGGCAGCGUCAAUUGAUGCGGCCACCGCUAAUCAUCUCACAUUUAAAAUCAAGAGCAGCUCCUAAAGGCUCAACAGUUAAGUUGACAUGCACUAUUUCUGGACCUGGAAUCACCGUAAGGUGGUUUAAAGAUGGCAAUCCCAUUGAAAAAAGUGCAAAGCAUACCUUCAAGGUUAGCGAAGGUUUACUGAGCUUGGAAAUUGUCAAUGUGGAUUACAGCGAUCAGGGUGAAUACAGUUGUAUCAUCAAGAAUAAGAAUGGAGAAACUUCGACGUCCACGACUGUGAAAGUAUAUGAAAGCUUUGAAUCCAAGCCCAUUCCUCCCACUUUUAUUUCAAUCAAAGAUGAAUUGCAAACACCAGCGGAACCACAGAAAUCCAUUCAAGAACCAGCACCACCACCACAACCCGUUGAAAAGCCUGUCCCAGUUUCGACAGACAUCCCUAAGGAUCAACCGGCGACCACAACUGAUGUCGCGAAAAAAGAUACACCGGAUGCUACUCCAGCAUCAACAGAAACAACUGGUGAAGCUUCCGGCGAAGGACAAGAACCAUCUAGUUCUGAGGAAGCUGCACAACCAGAAUUUCCGAAAUUUGCAGACAAGUUCAAAAGAGAUAAACCGGAACAGUCACCACCCCCGCCUCAAUAUGGUGACGAUUUAGUAAAAUAUCACCAUAAGAAAAUUUUACACAACAGAGACAAAUUGCAAUGGUCCGUACAUCUGACGAAUCGGGCUGGCCUGGCUGGCCGUAGGUUCAAACUGAUGUGUAUGUGCAUCGGAUUCCAGCCCGAAUUGAAAUGGUUCAAGAACAACGAACCCAUCGAGUACGAUGACCAUAUUGUCGAUAUGAAUGAUUUGCACCGAGGCGCCUACGGUUGUAUCUGGAUCAAUGAUUUGUGCUCCGCCGAUGCUGGAACGUACAAAUGUGUUGCCUCCAACGGAUUUGAAGAAAUUGAAACCGUCUGUAAAUUGACCGUAGUAGACCCUGGCACCAAGUCGAAAGAGUGUGCGCCGACAUUCGUACCGCACCGCACUAGAGAAAUUUUCGACCAGUACACCAACAUCUUGACCAUCGAACAUUUGAUUGAGGCCAAUCCUCCUCCUACCAUCAAAUGGAUAAAAGGACUUUUUAAUCUAGCAAUGUUUCCUGAUCCUCAUAUCCGAAUGUCACAACAUUUCGAUGAAGUCGCUGAGCAUACCAUAGCAUCUCUUAUAUUUUAUGAUCCUACUUAUAUGGACUCUGGAGACUAUGUGUGCACCGCAAGUAAUAGAUUGGGCGAAACAACGAAUACCUACAGCCUGAAAUUCUCUAGCGAAGAAGAAUACUUUGAAUGGCUGGCAAAGAAAAGACCUUCGGCUAAAUUGAAGCGAGAACUUGAACUUGGCAUCAUUGUAGCUGAAGAUGCUGAAACUUUCGAUCCAGAUGAAAUUCUGGCAAGGGUAGAUGCACAAUUUGAUGCAGCUUAUGCAUUGCAACAAGCGGAAGAAAAAGAAGCAGCUGAAGAAACCGAUCAAGAAUCUAGCGAAGAACAAGAAGAAAAAACAAGCAAACCAGCUCUUGAUAAAGCCAAUAUUAAAAAACCAGAGGGCGUAAAACGUAACAUUGCAAAAGUAUCGUCUCUUCCAGAAGUAAGUGAAGUUCCUGAACUUGAAGAACAAGCUGCACCUGCAGUAGAACCAAAGUCUUCGGUUUCAAAAAACGAAAGUGAACCCAAGCCAGAACCCAAACCUGAUCCCACAGCGGCCUUGCCAGCCCACGAAGAAGAAGUGCUAUAUACCAGGAAGAAAACGCAAAUUGAACUCGGUGUGGAAGAACUUGAACGCAGGAAAAAAUUUGAUUUCGUAUCCCAUAUGCCAAACGUUCGUUUUCCACUGGGUAAAACGUUUAGGUUAUUUUCCUACGUGAAAUGCCCAGGGGAAAUGACCUCAGAGUGGAAGCAUGAUGGUCGUGUGUUGAAAGAGGGUUUGCGGUCAUCAUUCAUAACGACCAAAAAUGGCACGUGUGUUCUGGAAAUCGAAAAAUGCAAAUACCGAGAUGCUGGCGUCUAUACCUGCGUUGCUAAGAGCAAAAAGUAUGGCGAAAUCGAACAAUCGUGCACGGUGACCAUUUAUGAAACUGAGAUCAAAGGGGAAAAACCUAUAUUUACAAAAGUUAUGAAAGAGACAUAUAAUCCCCUGAAAGAUGAACUAUACUUGGAAUGUACCGUGCGUGGUGAUCCCACUCCAGAGACAAUAUGGAUUAUCCAAGGAACAUUUAUGCAUAAAUGUACUACGAAAUACUUUUUCCGUAGAUAUGAGGAUGGAAGACAGGAACUAACGAUUUUCCAACCGAAAAAAGAGGAUAGUGGUCGAUAUGUAUGUCGCGCUCGCAACAGUUUGGAUAAGACCGACAUGGUGUACUAUUUGAAUUAUAAAAAUAGCGAUGAAGAAGUCAUCAAAGUCUUCGAGGAUGAGCUACACAAAAAGGCAGAGAAACCAAUUAGUAGCAGACAUUUGCGUGCCAAGGAAUGCGUCUACUCGCCUGAGGAUGAAUACUUAAUCAAGUGGUCAGAGGCUAGAAGUCAACACGAAAAAGAAUACGGCUAUAACUAUAAGCUACGUUUCGUAACUCGCCUUCUUGAUAAAACCGUUCCUGAAGGAUCCAAUCUUAAGUUCACUUGUUAUGUGGACGGCAAGUAUCCACAAUUCAUGUGGUAUAAGGACGAUAUACCAUUGGUACAAGGUCGCAAGUAUCGACAAAAGCAGCGACGCGAUGGAAAAGUGACUUUAGAAGUCGUAAACGUUAGCGAGAAAGAUUCCGGAGUUUAUAAAAUCGAGGCCAAAAACUACGCCGGAACAAUUGAGUCCAAAUCUGUAGUCACUGUGUAUCCAAAUCCCUACACUGAGUUUGUACCUCCAAUCUUUGCAAGUACAAUCCUAGAAACGUACUCACUACAUUCUGACGAAAUUGUGCUGGAAUGCCGUGUCAGGGGCUCUCCACGACCAAACAUUGCAUGGAUCAAAGACGGAGAGUACAUUAUCCCUGGUGAUAAGUACGAGCAGUAUGAUCACGCCGACGGAACCUGCAAGUUGAUAAUUACGAAGCCAGGUGAAGAGGACUCUGGAACGUACACUUGUGAAGCGGAAAGCGGAGGCUGCAGUGAUGCUAUCAGCCAUAAUGUACAAUUCGUUGGAAAAGAAAAGAUCAUGAUGGAGCGAACCCAUAGCUAUUACCACCGAAACCCUAAUCUACCGCAUUUCUAUCAAUCUUUAGCAGAUUACUCUAUUCCAUCCGGUGGUAAUAUUUGUUUAGUUGUGGAAGUUCAAGGUAACUGUGAGGUACAAUGGUUCAAGGAUAAAUACGAAGUUAAGGGAAGGCCACCAAAGUUCCGGUUCUAUAGCGACGGCACCGGUGUUUUCGCAUUAUGCAUAACGGCCGCUACGAUGGACGCCUCAGGAAAGUACACAUGCAGGGCCACGAAUGCAUUCGGUAAGGCAGAAUCGUCGUCUAAUGUUGACGUUAUAAAUCCAAACGCAAUCAAGGGAGCCAAACCGCCAAUUUUCAUGGCCAGGCCACAGCCGGAAAUAAAAAUCAGACAGGGACAGGAGAUAUCGAUGGCGUUCAAAAUUAUCGGUGACCCUAAACCAAAGAUUCAAUGGAUGAAAGGAACGAAGGACAUCACAAACGCUGCUCGAACGGUCAAGGAAGUUCACAACGAUUUUAUUCGAUUUUCUAUUAAGGAAGCACUUACCACCGACGAAGGAGCUUACUUCAUCGUUGCCAGGAAUCGAUAUGGAAUUGACAGAUGUUUCACCAAAGUCACGGUGAAACAUCCCAAAGGCUACAAGAAGGAUGCAGAUAUAGAAGAUAGUGUCACUGAGGUCAAGAGGACCGGUAAAGGCAGAGUAUAAUGCUUUCAACCUGCACCUGCAGUAUGCGGAUGAUGAAAUAGUCGACGCCAUUAUUAUGUAAAUUUUAAGCACAUGGUGAAAAUAGAAAUAUUGACGUAACACUGAGUGGAUAGCUUAUUUGAAGCCAAUUAUAAUAACAAUAGUACUUAUAUUAGUAAAGAGAAAACUCCAUAUUGGUAUACAAGCUAACUCAUGUCUUGAUAAUAAUAGUUGUAUCAGAAAUUAAUACUUUUGGCAACGAAUUGUACAGCACAUUUACGUAGUGAAUGUUUUAGGUAUACUACGAAGAUUAAAGAGAACAAUUUGAAUCACAUUAUAA